UCAGUGUGUUAAAAGCCGGUAGAGCAGCUGUUGGAAAUAAAUCAGUAAUAAUGUAACAGUAGUAAUAUACAAGACUAUGCUUUGAAAGAAGUCUAAUAAAACGUAGAAUAAAAUAGUUUCAGCGAUUGGCGAAACUUGCAUUCUAACCUUAACAGUGCAUUUGCCAUUUGCGCUGAUGGAUAUUUCACCAGACUGGCCAAUCAGCAAUCGUCAUGUGCAUGCAUCAAGUGCUGUAUAACAGCAGCUGGUAUGCGACUCUGGCAUACCCUGGCUGGCAGGGGUGUAUGCUACAGCAUAAUGUUUUAUUAAAAAUAUGUGCGCAUAAAAUAGCAACUAAUUGAAGAUUUUGAGCUAAAUAAAUAGAUACAAAUUGAAGAAGAUUUCAUGUGAGAAAAUAUGUGCAAUAUAGUUUGAUUUGAUUGCGGCUUAUUAGUUUAUGAGAAGUUGGUCACACUCGUCAAUAUGCUCCGUUUAACUUAUGUUUACAGCGCAAGCAUUGCUUAUAAAAUGCCGCACGCCAGACAACCUGUUGUUAAAUAUAAUUGUGAAAUUGAACGAUUCACACGAUGUCAACAUUUGGUGCUGAAGUGGACGCAAUUUGGCCACCGGCCAAUGCCAGCUCACAGCCAGAACUGACCCCCUUCGGUCGCCGCCUGUUGGAGCAAUGCACAUCCCUGAAGAUGCCCGAUCCCGAGGCGACAGUCGAUGUGUCCGCAUUUAUGGCCAAAUCAAUGGAGUUUCCGCUCGAGUUUGGCGUGGAGAGCUGCCGUGUGCGGAGUCAGCCGAAGGCGCGUCAUGGAUGCAUUGCACAGCAGAUAGCUUCUGUUUAUCCGCUGCUGCAUGAGCGCACCCUGGCGCUGUAUCUACAGUAUCUGGAGCACAAGGGGCAGUGGGGCAACGAAGUGGAGCUGCCCGUCUAUCGGCGUCUGUCGCUGACCGGCUUUGUGCAGCGUCUGCUGAGCAAGCGCUGUGCCAGCUUCUUUGCGCGCAACGACAAAUUCCUGCUGCUGAGCGGCGAGCGCGGCGCCAGCGGCUUUGAGCCGAUUGGCACGCAGCAGGAGCAGCCGCCGCUGCUGCUGGAGGAUGUGCUGAGCUACGAUGAUGUCAAACUGUCGGCGCUGCUCUCCGUCAGCUCGCACACGGAGUUCAUCAAUGAGGGCGAACGCGCCAAUUGCGGCCGUGUGACACACAAUCGUCAUAGCCUGGAGCCGGAGGGUGUAAUUGUGGGCCUGAUUGGUGCUCGUCUGUCGCGCCGCAAUCUAAUGGAGUUCCAGGACAUUGUCAUUGCGCGCCAGCAGAACACCAAGGAGCACGGCUACGGCCAGUCGCCGGAUGCUCCGGCCCAUACGCGCGCCGAGGACUAUCGCCGCCUGUGGCGCACCUUCUACGAGACGCGCGAUUAUCUGCGCAACGAGGUGAGCAUCGAUGGCAAGCGCUUUGGCGUCUCGGGCAACAAACAGGAUGUGUUCGACAAUCUGGUCAUGAAGCGUCGUUAUGCCAUCAGCUUUGACAUGCUGCUCCUGGAGGCGGAGGCGCGUGCCGCCAAGGCCGGCAAGCUGGCGUACGUCCAUGUCGUCGGCUUUGGCCUGGGCGUCUGGCGGGUGGCGCCGCAGCAGGAGCAAAUCUUUCUCGAGACCUUCGAGCAGCGCUUGCGUGCACUCAGCCCACGUCUGACCCACAUAGGCGUCGUGCACUUCUCCUGGUUCAAGCUGGAACGCUGCGGUGGCCUACAAAACGGCGCUGUUAUCAAGUCCUCGCAACAUCCACAGGGCGGCAUACGUGUGCAUCUGUCGAAACGGAAUCCGGCACAGAAGCUCACCAAGCCGGAACAUGCCGACAUGCUGCUGGUUGUCUCCUACGCCUGGGACGGCAAUGCCCUGCCAGGCAAUGAGUUCUGGAUGAAAAUGCUCAAGUCCACGGGCGACUCGUCAACGGCCUGCUCCACGCUGAUCGCCGAGCUGCAUAACCCGCACAUCAAUACGGACUAUUGCAAUGGCCAGAAUCUACACAUUGCCUCGCCCAAAUACGGCGUGCUCCACAUAUCCGAGUAUGCAAAGCGUGUGCUAAACAGCCGCAAAUAGUUGUCGUCCAUAUCUUUCAAAAUAAUCCCCAUAUGUAUAUAAUACACGUGUUAAUAUAAUUGCAUGAAUAUAGACGAUUUCAACUUGGUUACAAAGUGAAGAAGACUGCGAGAGAGUUAUUAAGAGAGUGCAAUAAUCAAAACAUGGUCUUCAUUAAAUUCAUGAGAAUUGCAUAGAAGGGCUGUAUGUAUGCAUGUAUAUAUACAGACAGACAUACAUCUCACACAUACAUAUUUUCAUUUGAAACGCAGCGACAGACAAUCUUUUGGAAUUUCAUCCAAGAUGAAUUUUCCAACAUGUGCUUACACUGAAAACAACUUUUCAAGUAAUUUUUGAACAUUCAUUGUGAAUUAAAUACACAUACCCAAAUAAAAGUACUUUUUGUAUAAGAGUUUAUGCAUGUCGAGCUCAAA